GGCAAGUUCUUUUUCUAUGCUACGAGUGGAGCUAGUAAGACACCGUACGAGUUGGAACUUGAUCUGUUCGACAAUGUUGAUGUGAAUGAGAGCAAGGCGAGUGAGCUCGAGGUGUAUAUGUUACAUGGUGAAGAAAGCUGAGAGCAAAUGGUGGAACAGAUUGAUUAAACAAGAAGGGAAACCUCCUGUGUACUUGAAAGUUGAUUGGGAUAAAUGGGUUGAUGAAGAUGACGAAGAUAAAGGAGAUAUGGACUUUGGAGAUUUUGAUUUCAAUAGUCUAAACAUGGGAGACACUGAGGGUAUUGAAGAUGAAGAAGGUGAUAGUGAUAUGGAGGAGGAGACUACAGAAGAGUCAAAAUUAAGUAGCGGAGAAGAUAGUUGAAGAUGAAGAUGCAAAGAAAGAUGAAGCUGCAUCAGAAGCGAAGAAGAAGACUUAAGCUGAUCUUGAUGAUCUUGCACCUUUCUCUUAGAAUCUUGAAAUGGUAUGUGGCUUUUUUAGCCUUUAGGCUUCUUGUUGUUAGUUGUUGUGUUUGUUUAAUGCGAGAAAGAAGAAA